UCAGAUUCUUGAUCGACUUCUUGUCUAUCUAAAAAAGAAGCAGCAUAGAUGUCUUGUCUUUUCUCAAUUUGUAGGCGUCUUAGAUAUCGUACAAGACCUCUUGGAGCUAAGAGGCUAUGAGUACGAACGUCUGGAUGGAAAUGUUCCAGCUGAGGAAAGAUUUCGAGCAAUUAAUAAUUUCCAGAAAACAAAAAAAGCUAGAACAACACCCGAGGAUCCGUGGUGUUUUUUACUUUCUACCAAAGCUGGUGGCGUUGGCUUGAAUCUUAACGCAGCCGACACCGUAAUAUUCCUGGAUGCUGACUGGAACCCACAAAAUGAUAUCCAAGCAAUGGCUCGCUGUCAUCGGAUUGGACAGUCCAAACCGGUCCGAGUUAUUUGCCUCAUCGGCCGCUAUACUGUGGAACAACAUAUGCAUGCUCGCGUACGAGAGAAGUUGAAGUACACCGAUAAGGUCAUGGGAAACGACGUAGCAAAACUGACGGCUGUAGAUCUGUUAUCGAUGAUCAAACAAAGUUUGGGAUCACUCAGAGAGCAGAGGCAAGCGAACCAGCUGAAACUG